GGAAGAAAAUGUUAGAAUUACAUAAAUUAAAACAAAUAGGGCUUAAUUCAAACUCUCUUAAAAUUGAAAAUAAAAUCUUUCGAGGUAUAUUCGACAAAAAGUUAGGGCAAGGUUGUCAACUUUUUUUAACUCAAAUGACUAUUCUGCAAUAAGUUAACGAUUUGGGGCGUUUUUAUAACUUCCAAAAUUAGAAUGGUCUGAUUCUUCUCCUUCCUUUCUACGCCGGGAAACAGUCUCGGUCGACUUUUUUGUACCAACAAAAAAACCCCAAUCGUUUUCUUCCAAGGAUCUUCAGCAAUUGGGGUGACUGUUUUCUUCCAUAGAAACACACCCAUUUAAACCUAAAAAAGAAGUUUCUUUUUGCAGCUCUGGGUGGCUUCUCCGGGGUUAUACACUGGAUCCGCCCCUGCGGGAUGAUAUGCUCUGAUGUUGUUGAUUAUUUGUUUUCUUUUAUGCAUCAUUUUGCAACUUGGCUCUGGUUUGUUGCAAAUUUUAUCAUUUUAAAUUCUGAUGGCAGUGAUGAGACCGAUGGUGAUUUUUGCCUUUGAUGGGAAAAUUUGAAUUCAAAACUAUUUCAAGGGAACAAGUUUCUUCUCUUUCUUUGACUUUGGUUUCGCAUCAUUUUUGCAGACUCUGGCUUGAAAUCCGUUACUGACAGGAAUUAUUAUUCUGGACAUAGUGCACGGGGACUAGAGAAUUCUUUUGGCAUAUGUAAUAAUCAAUCUUCUAGUUGGGUAAAUCCAGAGAAGUUAGGCUGGGAAGGAUCUUCUCGUAUCGCCUUGUUGGGAAAGCUUGAAAAAGCUCUGAAGGAUCAUCAGGUGGUUGAAGCUUGGGAUGCGUACAAAGAUUUUAAACGCCUGUAUGGCUUCCCUGAUGCAUCCAUCAUGAGGCUGUUGAUAACUGAAUUUUCCUACUCCUUGGACUUCAAAUGGUUGCGCAGGGCAUUUGAUAUAGUUGUUUCAAUGUCAAGAGGGAAAUCAGAGUUGCCUAGACUUGAUUUACUAACUAAGCUCUGCCUUUCUUUAGCAAGGGCUCAAAUGCCUAUCCCAGCAUCUGUGAUUCUUCGAUUGAUCUUGAGGAAAAAGAAUUUACCACCAGUGGAUAUGCUUGGUCUAAUUUUUCUUCAUAUGGUGAAAACUGAUACGGGAACAAUUCUUGCAUCAAAUAUCUUGAGUGAGAUGUGUUGUCUUUAUCAACACAUAAUUGACAGCAAAUCUAACUAUGCAAAGAUAGUAAAACCUGAUACUUUGCUAUUCAAUCUUAUUCUCGAUGCCUGUGCAAGAAUGAAAUCAUCUGUGAAAGGUCAGCAGAUGGUGGAGCUGAUGGCACAAGUUGGAGUGGUGGCAGAUGCCCACAGCAUAGUCAUUAUUUCUCAGAUUUAUGAGAUGAACAAAAUGAGAGAUGAGUUGAAAAGGUUUGAGAGGCAUAUAGAUAGGGUCUCAGCUCCCCUUGUUUUCCAUUAUAGACAAUUCUAUGACAGCUUGCUGAGCUUGCAUUUCUUGUUCAAUGAUAUUGAUGCUGCUUCAGCACUUAUAACAGAAAUGUGUAGGUUUAAAGACUGUAAUCCAAGCCGAGAAGGUGACAGUGAACCCUGCUCAGUCCCAAUUGGAUCUGCCAGUCUCAAGAUGGGUUUAAAGCUACAGUUCUUGCCAGAACUUCAACUGAACGAUACAGUCAUGAAGGUUGAGGGAAAACCAAAGUAUGUUUUGCAUGAAAAUGGAAAACUUGCACUGAGCAGCAAAGCACUAGCAAAACUAGUCAGAGAAUACAGAAGUCGUGGGAGGAUUAAUGAACUUUCGAGACUUCUCAUUUGUAUUCAAAAUAAAUUAUGGGGAUCAGAAUCUGUCAAAUUGUCUCGUGAUGUGAUUAAUGCAUGCAUUCAUUUGGGAUGGCUGGAGACUGCUCAUGACAUUUUGGAUGACUUGGAAGGAAGUCCCAUCGACAUUAGUUUAUAUAUGUCCCUGUUGGAUGCUUAUUACAGUAGAAAAAUGUUCAAAGUGGGAGACAGACUAGUGAAACAAAUUAAAAGCAAUGGUCUAGGGGAAAGCCUAUCGCAUGAGAUGGCCAUUUCCGGACAAAAUUCAGAGUUGGAGAGCAGACGCACCUCACGUUCUGAAAAUGUAGGCUUAACUAGCAAAUCGGAUUUAGUCGAGUCUAUCAUCCAGGAAAUGAAAGAAGUGGAAAAUAUAUAUCAUGCUUCUGCUGUGAUUCAUCAGCUGAAUUCCUCUAUCUACUACUUCACUAAGGCAAAAAUGAUUGGAGAUGCCCUGAAGACAUACCGAAGGAUGCUGGAGAUAAAAGUUCAGCCAACAGUGCAGACUUAUGCGUACUUAAUAGAUGGGUAUUCUGCAAUGGGAAUGUAUCGAGAAAUCACUGUCUUAUGGGGUGAUAUCAAGAGGAAUUUGGAAAGAAGUAAUUCAAUGGUUUACAGAGAUUUAUAUGAGUCGUUGCUAUUGAACUUUAUUCGAGGAGGUUAUUUUGAGAGGGUCUUAGAGAUCAUUGCUUUCAUGACGGAGAAUCGUAUGUACCUGGACAAGUGGAUUUACAGAAAUGAGUUCUUUAAGUUUCACAAGGGUCUUUAUAAGAAUAAGAAGGCAUCAGAUACGGGAAAUGAGGUUCAAAUGCAGAGACUGGAGCAUGUUCAGACAUUUAGGAAAUGGCUUCGCGCCAGCUAGAUUUGUAAUAGGAAAUAUGUUGAUGUUGUUGCUGAAGAUGUGCUGAAGAUGUAAAGAAGAAAUGGUUAUAGCAGAACGACUUGAAGCUUUCCAGGAGAAUAGAGGUCAGUGCUUUGACUUGUCAGUCUAGCUAGGUUUAGUUGAAGGAUCGUAUAAAUAGGCCCGGAACAGUGCUGCGAAGGGCUAUCAAUUACUAAACCGAGCCUUUUUAUAAUCACAUUCUGCAAGAAAGCACUGCUGCAGGACCUGGCAGGAAUAGAGCUCUUUUUCCAAGGAGGGUUCAUGAGAUUAAAUGAACUCAGCCUUAUGAAGAAUAUGCGGGAGCUGUUGUUGUGGUCUGUUUUGUUUGGAUAACUCUGGCCUGCCUUAGAACGUAGAAGGGAUGAAUCAGGAACAAGCUAGCUGGUAAAGGAGCUGCCUCUUUGCGGCAACAUGCCGUCAGUCUAUUUUUGUUUUUAGUUUGAAAAAUGUUAUAUUACAUAUGUAAUGAGAAAUGUAAAAAAUUUUGUAGAAAAAAAGGGUAUGAGAAUGUGAAAAAAUAAUUUUAAACAAAC